CUUCUCUCGGCAGCCGAACCAGCUUCACCGUGCCGGAGAAGGGAGGACUCUCGGUCAAGAUGGCGCCAAGCUGCUGAUUGUCUCCUCUUCUCCCAGCGCCUAUGUGAUUCACCGUUCUCUUUGUCUAUCCGGGAACUAAUGGCGGCAGUAGCAGCGGUGCUCCUUUCACCUUCCUGUUUAUCAUCUUCCCUGUCAAUUGCCGCAGGCGAAUCUUCCAGGCUUCUCUCCUCCUUCCUUCCCAUCUCUCACUCUGUCUGCGUUGGUCUGACUAAACCCAUCUCCCCACUUAUCAUCAGGGCUUCUUCCUCCUCGGCUUCUUCUUCUUCAUCCUCGUCGACUCAAUUCAACAUCACAUUCGGACAUGGGUCCUCUAAAGCCCCUCAAAAUGAUGCACCCACCGCCCCAAUGCAAGCCAACCCUUUCCUCAUUCCGUGGAUCAUCAGAGACGAGAAUGGCAACCUUAAGCUCCAGACGACUCCACCAGCUCAUAUCCUCAACGCCAUGGCGGCCGCUGAGACUACCACGAAAAAGAAGACUCCCCGAAAGGAGAAGCCGGCUUCGAAAGCUGCUGCUUCUUCUUCGGAACCGAAGCAUUCGAAGGCUGCUCGGAGGUUUUACAAUGAAAAUUUCAGAGAGCCGCAGCGCCUCAGCAAGGUGCUUGCUGCUGCUGGAGUCGCAUCUAGGCGCGGCAGCGAAGAGUUGAUCUUCGAUGGUCGAGUUACUGUAAAUGGGUCAGUUUGCAAAUCGCCUCAGACUCGCGUUGACCAUUUCAGAGACGUGAUUUAUGUUAACGGAAAUCGCCUUGCAAAGAAGUUGCCGCCAAAGCUUUAUUUUGCUGUGAACAAGCCUAAGGGGUACAUAUGUUCAAGUGGGGAGAAAGAGUCAAAGUUGGUUCUUUCACUUUUUGAUGAGUAUUGGAAGAGCUGGGCUAAAACAAAUCCUGGAACACCAAAGCCACGUUUAUUUACUGUUGGUCGUCUUGAUGUAGCUACAACAGGAUUACUGAUUGUGACAAAUGAUGGUGAUUUUGCUCAAACACUUACCCAUCCUUCAUCACAAUUAACAAAGGAAUAUAUUGCAGCUAUUGAAGGCAAUGUCAAUAAACGCCACUUGCAGGCAAUCAGUGAGGGAACAGUUAUUGAUGGAAUUCAUUGCAGACCUGAUUCUGUAGAGCUUCUUCCAGCACAACCACACAAUUCAAGACCUCGUGUUCGGAUAGUGGUGCAUGAGGGUCGGAAUCAUGAAGUUCGUGAACUUGUGAAAAGUGCUGGAUUGAAACUUUACUCUCUGAAGCGUGUCCGUAUUGGUGGAUUUCGACUCCCUCCAGAUCUUGGUCUUGGGAAGCAUGUGGAGCUAAAAGAAGCUGAUCUGAAGUUGUUGGCUGGGAAACCAUCAAAAAACGCUUAGGCAUGACCACAUGAGGUUUGGUGGUUGACGGUGUUCUUGAAUGCAGCAAAAUUGCACCUUUUCUGUUUUAGCUCAUCUAGCAAUUUGGCAUGUAAAUGAUUGGCUUUUUUUGCAAGGCUACUGGAAGGUCACGAUACUUACUCAAGAUCUGUGUUGCUGACUUGAUCUGAAGGAAUUUCCAACCUCCUUGAAAAAGAACUUUCAUCUGCUGGGGGUGCUUUGUCCAUGGCCUGUUGAGUUGGAGCUUAUUGCCAUAUACCGUUUCUUCCUUGAUCAAGAUAUACAAGGUUUGUGCAUAAAUUGCUAAAUUUUUGAAGAGAAAUCAAGAAAAUUGUAUAUGCUCUAUAUCUUGUAUUGUUGUCAAUGUUUAUGGAUCUCGUUUAGAAGAUACCCAUCGAUUAACUAGAAUCUUGCAAUGAAAAGGAAGGGAAAAACAAUUCUUAUUUUCA